GUAGCAAAAUAAAAUCAUCAUCAUCAACGAGAAUUUAGUUUAUAAUAAAUUAUUCUAAUAAAAACAUUCAAAAACAAUAGCGGCACAAUUUCAACCCAGCAGCUUGAUUAGACAACAAAACAACUGAAAACUUUCAGUUUCUAAAACUAAAAAGAAAAAGAAAAAAACAAACAAAGAAACCUCCAUUAAUAAAUUAAAAUUGAAUUAUGAAAUAUUGUAUACUAUACAUAUUGCUAACGUUUGCCACCCUGUUGUGGUCACCAGUUUUAGGCCACAAAAUCACAGCUGAGGAGUUUACAUGGAAAUUAAUAGAAAAUUCUUUGAAUUCAACCAAAACAACAGAGAAUUUUGUAAUUGCUCCCUAUGAAGCAUAUAAAUUAUAUAAAGAUAUAUUUAAUAUUGAAGAUGAAAGUGAUGAAGACUCUAGCCAACAGACUGAAGAUGAUAAAGUUGCUACACCAGAAUUAACCACCAUUAUGCCGGCCAUAAGAAAACACCAGAAAACUCUAUCCUCAAAUCGAACAAAUCAUUUAGAUUUCUUAUCCUCCAUUUCUCUAACCGCCAGAUGGUCAUUUAAUUUUCAAACCCGCGAUACCCACAAGCGAGUCUUCCAUCAACAUGGCAAACAGAAUCAAAAAAUCUGGAUGGAUUGUUUGCGCAAAGAUGACACUUUCUACUACAGCCACAAUGAGCAAUUGAAUGCCAGCAUUUUGGAAUUGCCCCUAAAUGUUAAGGCAAUUAAACUUACGGUGAUCUUACCCGAUCAAUGGGAUGCUUUGCCUCAACUGAAAGAAUAUUUGCUGGAAAAUAUGGAUGAUUUUAAUGAUCUCAUUACGAAAACAAAUAGAAUGACUUUGGUUAGACUUUUGCUGCCGAAAUUUCAAUUGUCUUAUAAAAAAGAUUUAACAGAAUUCUUUGAAGAGGUUUCAGCUAAGGAAGUGGACAAAUAUGAAAAUGUUUAUCAAUCAGCUAAUUUGGAAUUUAAUGAACGUGGCAUUGGUCGUUUUGAAAGAACGACUGUUUUAUUCUGGAAUGCCUACUCGUAUUUAAGAGUCUCUCCCGAAUUGUUCGAUAUGAGUCAUCCGUUUCUUUUUUUGAUCAGCAACAAGGAUGGCAUACAAUUCUUUGGACAAGUGGUUAAAAUGCAACACUCAUAAAACGCUAAAUAACUAAUUUUGGAAAUAUGUAAACAAUAGAUUAAAAUAUAAAUUAUUUUAAAAUUUAAAAAAAAUAAUAAAUUACCACAGCAUAAAUAAAUAUUUAUUUUUAUAUAAAUAUAUCUUUAAAACUUUA